AAAAAAGAGAGAAAAAAUAAUGAGUGACAAAGAAAAUUAAAUAGAAAUCAUAUAUAUAUAUAUAUAAAUUCCAAAAUAUGAUCAAUGAGAGAUCAUGUGGUUGUCCCACAUUAUCUUUCUCAACGCACGCCUUACCAUUAAGGAGACCCAAAUUUCCUGCAACAAACAAAGUAAAAAAGUUGAGAAUGGAUUCAUCGCAGGGAAGUACACAACAGAAGAUUGUGAUUCUGAACAGCCACAAUGAGAACCUGGUGGGUCUGCUUCAUGAAACUGGUUCUACAGAAAUUGUAGUCUUGUGUCAUGGCUUUCGAUCAAACAAGAACUUCGAAAUUAUGAAAAAUGUGGCUGUUGCUAUAGAGAGAGAAGGGAUUAGUGCUUUCCGUUUUGAUUUCUCCGGGAAUGGAGAGAGUGAAGGCAGUUUCUAUUAUGGUAACUACAAUUACGAAGCUGAUGAUCUACAUUCUGUUAUCCAAUACUUCUCUAACUUGAACCGUGUUGUUACUAUAAUUCUCGGUCACAGUAAAGGAGGUGAUGUGGUCCUCCUCUAUGCCUCCAAGUAUCACGAUAUCCCCAAUGUGAUCAAUCUCUCGGGACGUUAUGAUCUGAAGAAAGGCAUAGGAGAACGUCUUGGUGAAGAUUUUUUGGAAAGAAUUAAGCAACAAGGAUACAUCGAUGUUAAAGAUGGAGAUUCUGGUUACCGUGUUACCGAGGAGAGUUUGAUGGACCGGUUAAACACAGAUAUGCAUGAAGCUUGCCUCAAGAUUGACAAAGAAUGCAGGGUCUUGACGGUCCAUGGAUCGGGUGACGAGACAGUACCAGUGGAAGAUGCAAAGGAGUUUGCAAAGAUAAUACCGAACCACGAGCUACAGAUUGUGGAAGGAGCUGAUCAUUGUUAUACCAAUUAUCAAAGUCAAUUGGUUUUAACGGUUAUGGAGUUCAUAAAGAGUCAUUGUGAAGAAAAAAACGACAAGACUUGUAAUUGACCCUCCAAUAUUGCAUUGGACAUUUAUUUAUGUUUGGUUGACCAAAUAAAUUUAUAAAAGGUAAAUAAAAAUAUAAUACUUAUAUAAUCA